GAAGAUUGUAGAAAUUUCAGUCUCCUACCCACCAAAUCCAGAAUGGGGCAAAAGAAUGUCAGAAGAGUCCCGAUAACACCAGAAUCCCGUGUUACGUCCUAUAUAUACCAAUCUCCUACACAUCAGUUUCAUCAUCAGAAGAUAAUCAUUAGAGCUUGCGUCUGAAAAUUUUCUAAUUGCAUCAGCUAAUCAAUUCAAAGAUGUCGCUCAUUUCAAGUGUUCUUGGUAGUGGCCGCCGAAGCAACAUCUUCGAUCCCUUUUCUCUGGACAUAUGGGAUCCCUUUGAAGGGUUUCCCUUCACCACCCCUCUCGCCAACGUCCCCUCCUCGACUCGCGAGACCUCUGCCUUUGCAAACGCACGCAUUGACUGGAAAGAGACUCCUGAAGCUCACGUCUUCAAGGCUGAUCUUCCGGGGUUGAAGAAAGAGGAGGUGAAGGUUGAGGUUGAAGAGGGCAGAGUGCUGCAAAUUAGCGGAGAAAGGAGUACGGAGCAAGAGGAAAAGAAAGACAAGUGGCAUCGGGUGGAGAGGAGCAGCGGCAAGUUCCUUCGUCGGUUCAGGUUGCCGGAGAAUGCAAAGAUGGAUGAAGUUAAAGCUAGCCUGGAGAAUGGUGUGCUAACCGUGACUGUCCCAAAAGAAGAGGUGAAGAAGGCUGAGGUGAAGGCAUCGAGAUCUCUGGCUAAAGCCUUGAGUUGAAUUCUAGUUUUGGUGUUCUGCGUUUUCGGUCGAGACUGCAAGUCAGUGAGAGAGAGAAGGGGCGAGUGGCAUCGGAUGGAGAGGAGCUGCAGGAAGUUCCGUCGCCGGUUCAGGUUGCCGGAAAAUGCAAAAGCGGAUGAGACUAAAGGUAGCAUGGAGAAUGGUGAGCCUCGUCUGUGAAUUAGAGACGUUUCCGCAUUUAAGAUGUUUGAUGUCUACGUGUCUUUUGUUGGAAUAUAAAUGAAUAAUAUCAUAAAUGUCUGCCAAAGCCAGAAAACCAGAGAUAGAACUUAGAGAUAUAGAGAGAAUGAUAGACGCAGAGCACCUGUUUGAGAGAAAACCAGAGAGAUAAAAUUGAAAAUUUGAACAACCUACAGUGCACUGAUAAGUGCUCUGUUUCUUGUAUACAAUAAUUAGUUACAACUAAUCAGCCUUCUAACA